AUGCUCGUUGACGAUCACUCUUCUCCAUCCGAUCAAGAGAAGAAUACCACCACAGAUCAAGAAGAACAACCACAACAACCACUGGUUAUUAAAAAGAUAGCCUGUAUUGGUGCUGGUUAUGUUGGUGGUCCUACAAUGAGCGUUAUUGCUACCAAGUGCCACGAUAUUCAAGUAAUUAUUUAUGAUAUGAAUCAACAACGUAUUGAUGCUUGGAAUAGUGCCGAGUUGCCAAUCUUUGAACCAGGCUUGGAAGAAAUUGUCAUGGAGAGAAGAGGAAAGAAUUUGCACUUUACCACUGAUUAUCAACAAGUUGUUGAUUCCGAUGUUAUAUUUCUUUCAGUGAAUACUCCAACAAAGUAUUAUGGUGUUGGUAAGGGAAGAGCAGCUGAUUUGAAAUAUGUAGAAUCUUGUGCAAGACAAUUAAGGGAUACUAUUAAGAGUGGAAGAAAGAUUAUUGUGGAAAAAUCAACAGUACCUACUCGUACUUCUAUUGCAGUGAAGAGAAUUUUGGAAAGUGGUGAAAGCAAGGCUCGUUUUGAUAUCUUGUCCAAUCCGGAAUUUCUUGCAGAGGGUACUGCUAUUAGUGAUUUGCAAAAUCCUGAUAGAGUGUUGAUUGGAGGUGAAGAUGAAGAGUCCAUUAGAGCUCUUUCAUCUGUGUAUGAAAGAUGGGUUCCAAAGGAGAGAGUUAUUACUACUAAUUUGUGGUCAAGUGAAUUGAGUAAGCUUGUCGCUAAUUGCAUGUUGGCUCAAAGAAUCUCUUCAAUGAAUGCUAUUUCUGCUCUCUGUGAAAAGACUGGUGCAGAUAUUCAACAAGUUUCCUUCGCAGUUGGAAAGGAUACAAGAAUUGGAUCUAAAUUCUUGCAAGCUAGUGUUGGAUUUGGAGGAAGUUGUUUCCAAAAGGAUAUUUUGAAUUUGGUCUAUUUGGCUGAUCAUUACAAUUUACCAGAAGUUGCCAAAUAUUUCUAUGGAAUUAUUGAAAUUAACAAUUUCCAAAGAGAAAGAUUUGCUAAAAAGGUAAUUCACAAAUUGUUCAAUACUGUCAGUGGUAAAAAGAUUUGUGUUUUGGGAUUUGCCUUCAAGAAGGACACUUCUGACACUCGUGAAACUUCAAGCAUUUUUGUUUGCAAAUCAUUGUUGGAAGAACGUGCUAAAAUUCACAUCUAUGAUCCAAAAGUUACCAAGAAACAAAUCAUGUAUGACAUGAAGAGUAUUAUGAACGAUUGCUAUGAUGGAGAUUUCAGUGCCAAGAUGGAAUCAUCCAGAGAAAGUGAACUUGUCGAAUCGAACAUUUUUGUGUCAACAGAUCCAUAUGAAGCCAUGUCUGAUGCUCAUGCUAUUUUGGUUCUUACAGAAUGGGAUGAAUUCAAGCAAUAUGAUUACAAACGAGUAUUCGAAGGUAUGAAGAAGCCAGCUUACUUGUUCGAUGGUAGAAAUAUUUUGAACAGAAAAGAUUUGGAAACUAUUGGUUUUGAUGUUUAUCAAAUCGGAAAACAAGAAUCACAUAUGGCUGAUUGGUAA